CUGCACGAAACAGACGACGGGGAGUUCGUGUCUGUGGUUUCGUUUAAUUUCAAGCUUCUUAGAGACUACCCUUUUAGGCAGAUUCAAGCCCUUCAUGACAGCAACUGGACUUCCCGCAUUCCGUUCGCUAUAUCAUUAGCUAACUUCCGCCCUGAUGGGCAACUUGCUGAGAUAGUCAAGAUUUUCAGGCAUUUAUUUUUCCAUUAUGGUCCAUCAUCUCUUGCGACUUCCUUCUCUGCUCAUCCGUUUGCACCCACUUUGACCGCUAGAAGUGUUUUAGAAGCAUGUGGUGUGAAGAAUGUGAUGUAUAUUUCUUGGCGUGCAACUAGGUUCAUUCCUGAAACACCUCCUUCCAAUAUUCGUGCUGUUGUUGUAUGUGCAAGUAAUGACUUUCAACCUUGGUCAAGCAGCGUAUCGGCAGCUCAGAAAGAAGGAAUCAAUGCUUAUCGUCUUCCAAUUGAGCGAUAUAUUCGCCCUACAGAAAAGAGAAAAUUUUUCUCUCUGCGGGAAACGUCUUCAAUUUUACGUUCGUAUUUUUGUGGUGAUAAUCUCGAUACGGUAAUUAGCAAAGUUAUUGGAUCAUUACCGAACAAAUCUCAUCAUUACAGUGAUAGCACUGAACGGGAUUUACUUCAGGUAGCAUUUUAUCCAAUUGCUCGGUGUUUUGUUACCGCUUCUUUCUAG